GCCCGCUGUUGACGUGGUACGGGAGGAUAGGAUAGUUCGUUAUGGCUGAGCAAGGGGAGAGAAUGGUCGUUCCAGGGGAAGGGGAGCAGGGAAAUGAGAGGAACCCACCGGGAGCAGAGGUCCAGAUGUCCGAGGAAGACCGAAUCAGACUGCUGAUUGCCAAGUGUUAUGACGACGGCGUCUUUCCGGAAAGACUUAAACACGGGGAGUUUGUUAUUGACAACGAAAUUCGGGUCUUCAAAGUCAACCCUCAGCUUGAUCGCCUCACGACAGCAUGGCUCAAGGAACGCACCGUUACGGUAAUUCUCCAAGGUGUCGCGCACAAUCUUCCGGCCAGGCUGCGUGAAGAUUUAAUUCGGGUGUACGAGAAUGGGUGGUCUCGCCAGAGGACAUUUGCUCGUGGCUUCAAAAGAGGGAGGGUGCAUGGGGAGGGUCCAAACGUAAUGUCCUAUGUCGCGAAGUCAAGGGAGAUUGCUCAAUGGUUAGUGGCGAAGGCGGAGGAUGUGGUGGUGAUUAGGCGAAAUGAAUACAAACUGUUGUUCAAACCAUGGAUGAUGAGAGCAGAAUUGGAGGAAAGGAGAAGACAGGAGGACGAAACUAAAUUUUGGGUCACAACCCUCAGAGUACCACUUAGAGUGAUGUUCCACGUUCCGGAUCUUGUGCAGCAGGUGAUGGGCAACAUCAUUCUCCAGCAUCCGCCAAAACCAGAUGCUUCUCGUCCAAAGCUAAUGAACUUGAAAUUUGAACUGCCUAGAGAGGCGGAGGAGCGAUUCGAGCCAACUCUUCCUAUGAAGCUGGUGGAUGGGGAGAUCUAUAAUGUGGAAUUUGUAUGUAAAAACACUCCUUGGUGUACCCGAUAUCGGUGGUGGUUCCGCACAGAAUCGGAUGGUUGCCCUAGAGCGGAUGAGGAGGUGGAGGGCAGGGAUUUUCAAGGAGCAGUGGCUGGUCGAAGUCGAGGUCGAGGGUCCAAUCAAAACUUCAAUCAAGGGGAGGUAGUAUACCAGAGGGGUAUUAGGGACGCAACUCGAGAUGUAGCAAGCGUGCAAGAUGGAGAAGAGAGACCGAGCAGAGGGGGUGGCGUGAGCGGGAAUGCAAGCAGACAGCAACCCAGCCAAAGCGUCAUAAGAGAUCAGGGGCAGAAUUCAACUGCUGGCGGUUAAAGGGGACAGGGAUUGGGAGGGAAAAUUAUUGGGGCGGGUACAGGGAACGAUAUGGCAAUGGGAGG